AUGGAGGGCCUGGCCGCCUCGCUGCACGCCCGCUACGUGCGCGACGAGCCUGCGAGCGUGAAGCGGCCGGCCGGCGCGCCAGCCACGCCUGAGCCGGGCCCGUCGGCCGGCAAGCGGAGCCGACAUGAGGAGCGUGCCACCACCGCCGCCGCCGCCCACCAUCGGCCGCAUGACUCCGAUCGUUCUCAGUCGCCCAGCGCCGCCCAGAAGGACAUCAACAUGGACUUUGAGCGCAUCUUCGCCGUGGCCGACGAGAUCAAGCGGCGCAAGUCGUCGGACGGCGCGUCGCCGCGCUCGGCCGGCGUGUCGCCGGCGCACCGCAGCUCGCCACCGCGGCCGGUGGCCGCGCCCGCCGCCUCCGGCCACGACCUCACCAUGGCGCUCAAGUUCAAGCGCUCGAGCCGCGCCGACGGGCGCGUCAGCACGCCGGAGCCGGCCGGGCCCGGCGACGACGAGACGCACCAGUACGACCACCACUUCCGCAAGAAGUUCCCGCACUCGCAGAGCCGGUACUGGUCGGGCCGGUCCGGCGCGCCGGCGCCGGCGGCCGCCGUCACGCUGCCCACCAUGGCUCCGCUGACCAGCUUCAGCUCCCACCUGGGCGGCGGCGAGCCGGGGCCGAGGCCCCUGCUGGCGCCGCGCGCCGGCCAGCCGCAGCACACCGCGCGGCCCGCAGGUGCGCCCGGUGGUCGGCCGUAGUGUCGCCCGCCCGUCGUCAUCAGCUACUCCGAUCGAGCUGCCGUCCCGUCCGGCGGCGGCCCGCCGGGGCCGGCCCCGCGUGACCCCCCCCCCCCCCCCUCC